AAAAAAAAAAAAAAGACCGGGCGCUUACGACCUGCUGCGCGUGCGCAUCCUCACGAGCGAGGCUCGCGAAAGCUCGGACGUGCGCCGGAAGCGGCACGACAGCGAGGUGCGCGUGCGCGUUCGGCAGAAACGGCCGAGGCCGCGCUUGGGACCGGUUGCGCGUGCGCGUCACCGACGCGAGGCCGGCGGAAGCUGGGACGUGGGACCGAGGAGGUGCGUCAGAGCGGUGCGCCUGCGCAGCCGCAAAGGGAGGCGGGAGGAAGCGAGUGCGUUUUCCUCUUAGGCGGCGCCAUUUUGUGCUCCCAGCCGCCGCAGCCGCGGGCGGUGUGUGUGUAAGGUUGCGGAGCGGGUGGGGAAGUCGCGGGAGCGAGGAUGGCGGAUCCCGUGGCCGGGUCGGGCGACCCCGGCUCCGGUUCGGUCGCCUCGGAGACCGGGACGCGGCGGCUCAGUGACCUGCGGGUGAUCGACCUGAGGGCGGAGCUGAAGAAGCGGAACCUGGACACGGGCGGCAACAAGAGCGUGCUGAUGGAGCGGCUGAAGAAGGCAGUUAAGGAAGAAGGACAAGAACCUGAGGAAAUUGGCAUCAGCUGGGGAACCACAAGCAAGAGGACGGGAAAGAGAUGUUCCAAAGGAUUCAAGAUGGAGGAGGAGGGCGGCGAGGACAACGGCCUGGAAGAAGAUUCCAGAGAUGGGCAGGAGGACGGGGUUGUGACUCUGCAGAGCUCACAGGACAGGGACACCAUGGACACAGGUGUGCCAGAUGGGACGGAGGCUGAGGACCUCGUUGAGCCCUGCUUGGGGGAGGGCUACACCGACGACUGCGUUCUUCCUGCCUUCGUUGACAGUAAAGAGUACGUGGCCGCGCAGCUGGGACAGCUUCCAGCUCAGCUCCUGGAGCAUGCUGUGAAUGAGGAUGUCUUUAAGACUCCUGAAGCUUCAGCGUCAGACCUCAAAGUAACUCUGGCUGAUGAAGGAGCCCCCUUGGAACCAGAAAAUGAGAAAAUACUCGACAUUUUGGGGGAAACUUGUAAAUCUGAGCCAGUAAAAGAAGAAGGUUCGGAGCUGGAGCAGCCCUUUGCCCAGGCCACGAGUAGUGUGGGGCCAGACAGGAAGCUGGCGGAGGAAGAGGACCUAUUUGAGAGCUGCGGACACCCGGAAGAGGAAGAAGAACAAGAAGAAAAGGGAGAUUUAGCUUUGGUCCACAACAGCGAGUCUGAGUCUCCAAGUACUCUGUGUCAGUGGAGCGAGGCAGACGCCCCGUUAGCAGUAGUGAAAAGGGAGCCGGUGAAGGUGAUGAGCCAAGGUGCCAAGCGCAGGUGGAAGUACAAGCAGGCUCGACUGCGCCGGGCGCAGGCAAAGCUGUCAGGCGGAGGCCCCGGGAUGGACCACGAGCCUGUAGGGCUAGAGGAGCCAGUUGAGCAGAGUAGCACAGCUGCCCUGCUCACGGAUGCCACCAGCCAGGAGCUGGUGAGAGCGCCCACAGCAGCUUUGAGCCCUGAGCCCCGAGAUAGCAAAGACGACGUGAAGAAGUUUGCUUUUGACGCUUGUAAUGACGUCCCUGCAGCUCCUAAAGAGUCCUCAGCCAGUGAGGGCGCUGAUCAGAAAAUGAGCUCUGUUAAGGAAGAACAGGAUAUAAAGCCAGUCAUUAAAGACGAGAGAGGCCAUGCCAGCUGUAGCUCGGGAAGGAACCUGUGGGUCAGCGGGCUGUCCUCCAGCACACGUGCUGCUGACCUCAAGAGCCUCUUCAGCAAACAUGGGAAGGUUGUUGGGGCCAAGGUGGUCACCAACGCCCGGAGUCCUGGGGCUCGGUGCUAUGGAUUUGUGACCAUGUCCACAUCAGAUGAGGCCACCAAAUGCAUCAGCCACCUGCACAGAACCGAACUACAUGGAAGGAUGAUCUCUGUGGAGAAGGCCAAAAACGAGCCCUCCGGGAAGAAGUCGACAGACAGGAGAUCUUGUGACCUGAAGGAGAAGGUGCCAGGGCCGGACAGGCCUCACCCUGUGGAGAUCAAGACGGAGAAAACUGUGAUCAAGAAGGAAGAGAAGCAGGAAAGAAAGGAGGAGAAAAGGCCAGAAGACAUUAAAAAAGAGAAGGAUCAAGAUGAGCUCACACCAGGAGCUGCUAGUCGGUCUCGAGUUGCCAAGUCAGGAAGCAGAGGCACGGAACGUACAGUUGUGAUGGACAAGUCCAAGGGCGAACCCGUCAUCAGCGUGAAGGCCACAAGCAGGUCAAAGGACAGAAGCUCCAAAAGUCAGGACCGCAAAUCAGAGGGCCCGGAGAAGAGAGACAUCCUGUCUUUUGACAAAAUCAAGGAGCAGAGGGAGCGUGAGCGCCAGAGACAGCGAGAGCGCGAGAUCCGGGAGACGGAGCGUCGACGGGAGCGGGAGCAGCGGGAGCGCGAACAGCGACUGGACGCCUUCCAGGAGCGGCGCGAGAAGGCACGCAUACAGCGGGAACGGCUGCAGCUCCAUUGCCAGCGGCAGCGACUAGAGCGAGAGCGGCUGGAACGUGAGCGGCUGGAACGCGAGCGUAUGCGUGUGGAGCGUGAAAGGCGCAAGGAGCAGCAGCGCAUUAUGCGUGAGCGUGAGGAGCUACGGCGGCAGCAAGAGCAGCUGCGGGCUGAGCAGGAGCGGCGGGCGCUGCGCAGACCCUAUGAUCUAGAAGCCCGGAGAGAGGACAGCUACUGGCCUGAAGGGAAGCGUGCAGCCAUGGAGGACAGGUACCGAGACUUCCCACGGCCGGAUCACCACUUCCACGACUUUGACCACCGGGAGCGUGGCCACUACCAGGAACAUGUCAUAGACAGGAGAGAUGGAUCCAGACCAGGAAUGGAGGAACGUGAUGGGCAGCACUACCUAGAUGACCACCACAGCCACGGAGCCACCCUUGAGCACCACAGCUGGGACUCCCGGGACAGCUGGUGUGGCUACGGCUCUGACAAGGUGAAGGAAGGCCAAGGCCUGCCCCCUACCCCCAGAGUCGGCAGAGAAUGGGCAGAGCACAACUCACGGUUGGAGGAGCAGCAGAUUCCAGCCUGGCACAGUGCUGUGGACACAAACACGACAGGCCAUGAGCACAUACGGUGGCGAGGUGCCGAGCGGGGCCUUGCAGGACCUGGGCAUGCACAUGUGGCGGCAGGCCGGGGUGGCAUGACUGGGCAAAGCAGCUUUGCACAUGGUGGACAUUCCCAGGGCCAUGUGAUACCCGCUGGUGGACUAGAAGGUGGUGGCAUGACCAGCCAGGACCAGGGUGGCAGAGUCCUCCACCCCCACCUUCACCCGCACUUCACCCGCCGCUACUGAGUUGCCGUGGACCAAACCCUGCCGCUCCAUGGAGGCAGAGGCUGUAGCUCAAGCCACUUUGCACUUAAUGGCACCACCAGCAGUCGCAGAUUCUGCCACGUGUCUGUGUGAACUCACUCUCCUGGUGUUUUUAAUAAACAUGUCCUAUUCUGCCAUUUGUAAGA